UAUCGGUGGGCCGGCCCCGCUACCCCGCCUCCCCCGCCGGCCGGCGCCUCCGCCAUAACCCUCCACCGCGGCCACCACUAACCCGAACCGUCUUCUUCAACUCCGGUCAAGCUCCUCCACUUGCCCCACCUCCUCCGACUCCGCCGCAGCCCUGGCGCCUCUACCACUAUCAUCCGCCACCCAUCCCUGUCCUGCCGCCAACCCCGCCGCCCAGCGGGCAGCGCCCCACUGCCUCGCCGCUGUCUCGACCGAUCCCACCGCCGGUCCGGCAACACCCCCAUCCCCGGCGAUCUUCUAAAGGUCCGGCUGACUUGGACCGCAGCAACCCUCCAUCCCUAACCCGGGCAGCCCCUAAACUCUAACCUGGCGGCGCGACGGGCGGUGGCGGCGCGACGGGCGGUGGCGGCGGCGGAAGCUCCUUCGGACCGCCUGUCGGCCACCGGUGGGCCUUCUGCGACGCAUCUACUCCCUAACAUUCGCAUCCCUCCCCAGGUCCGCCGCCCCAUCCUCGUCCUCACAGGCUGAUCCGUACGGAUUUGGCUUCCAUAUCUCCAUUCCAAUCUCCCGCUCCAAACCCUAGCAAGCACCAUGGCGCCGGCGGCUCUCCCGAACGACGUGGUCGCCAAGAUCCUUAUCCGCCUCCCUCACGACGACCCGUCCUGCCUCCUCCGCGCCUCCCUCGUCUGCAAGCCGUGGCUAGGAAUCGUCUCCGGCCCUGACUUCCGCCGUCGCCUCGGGGCGUUCCACCGAACACCUCCCAUGCUGGGCCUCCUCCGUGACUACUGCUGCGCGCACACCCCCCGCUUCACGGCCACCACCGCCUCCGCCUUCUCCUUGCCUGCUGCCGGCGGGCCGGACGACUGCCUCGGAACCGCCCUCGGCUGCCGCCACGGCCGCGUCCUCUUCCUGGCCUCCAACGAGCUGCUGAUCAUCUGGGAGCCGAUGACCGGCGACCUGCGGCGCGUGCCCACGCCCGCAGCGUUCGAUUACAUCUAUUUCAUGCCUAACGCAGCGCUAGUUUGCACGGCGAGCGGUUGCGACCACCGUGCCUGCACUGGAGGGCCCUUCCAGAUCGUCUUCAUGUUCAGCAAAUCCAAUGGUGGCCCAAUGAUCAUCGAAUCGAAACGGUGGCUGAGCUGUGCGUGUACUCAUCUGAGACUCAAGCGUGGGAUGAAGAGCUGACCACAAUCUACAUCGACUCCAUUGUCACAACAAAGCGCAGCAUCCUUGUUGGGAGAACUCUUUACAUCCCGUUCAACUUGGGCUACAUCCUAGAGUACGACUUGUGUGGGCUUGACCUGGUGGUGAUCCAAAUACCGGACCUUUUGCUUGCUGAAUUCAAGGGAAAUCUUAUGCUUAUGCCGGUGCAGGGCAGUGGGGUGGGAAUCUCUGGCAUUAAGGAGUCAACUCUAUCUGUGUGGUCGAGGGAUGCAAGUGGCCACGGUGAUGUAGGAUGGGAACAGAGCAGGGUUAUUGACCUGGACCCUCUGCUCCCAGCUGCAGACGACAUGGAGCUACUUGGAUUCGCUGAACAGGCCAAUGUCAUUUUUCUUGGGACAUGUAAUGGCAUCUUCACAAUCAAGCUCAACUCGGAGCUGGUUAGUAAAGUGUGCGAGAAGGGUGACUCUGAAAUGUUGCUUCCGUUUAUCAGCUUCUAUACUCCAGAUUUGCGCAUGUCCUGAAGAAGGAACUAAAACAUUACAAGGGAUGUUGAGACAAAUCUCAUACAGAUUGGGCCUCACAUUAUUUAUGUCCGGUCAGCUUAUCUAGUAGCCAGUUGAAAGACUCAAUGUGUUUCAUCACAAGAGAUGUUUGAGGCCUUCCGUGAUUGCCCUGUGACCAUCUCAGACAUAAGGAUCGUUAAGUCUUUGAUUCCCAAUCCUCCCAUCAAUUUGGGCUAGCACACCAUGUUCUAGUUGACAAGACCCCACCAUGCCCUUGUAUGAGGGCUCUUCAUGGCCAAUCGGUUCUUUCUGAAGCUCUGACCAGCAAAUGGGAGAUGAUAGGAAGUAUGUGGAAAUAGAGGAUAGCGCAAAAUUCAUUAGUGUCUAUCUUGCUGACAGUCAUGUGACACUUAAUUUUACAUGUGUGUUUGAUGGAAGGUUUUGCUAUUUACAUGGAAAAUUCAAUCUUUAUGCUAUUGAGGAUGUCAUAUAUGUCCAUCUCUUUGUCUUCGCAAGGUUUGUACUUAAUCUAGAUGCUUCACCAAACAUUUGCAGCAUUUCUUGGAUUGUUCUUACUUUUGUGUCCAGGGUGUGAAGAGUGCAGCGUGAUUGGCAUAACCACAUAAGUGUGCCUCAGUUUUAGGAUGUUUUUCUUCAUCAGUUUUAGGAUUCAUACUUCUGGAAUUGUUAGCGAAGAUGAAAAGAGGAGGAAGUCUGUCUACUGUCCCUAGUCACGCAUGAAAGAUUGGUCUCCUAUAUUUUCUGUUUUCUUUUUCUCAAAUCUCCCUGAUUUUCUGUUAAGUAGCACUUCUGUAUUUGAUGAGAUGAUGGAGAUCCAACCUCCCCGUGUUUGGGCAAAGCCUUGAUUACUUGAGACAUACAAUAGGAUAGCCCCAAUCAUAGUCAAAUGUUUCCAAACCAUCCAAUUACAUGAAUAACAGGGUUGGUUCUUUGAUUGGAUUUUGGACUUUCAAGAAAUUAUCAAGGAUGCUCUGCUUUCUUAUAAA